AUGCGGCACAAUCGUCGGAGAGUUCGUCCUCGGCAACGCCCCGGACGACAAACCAAAUCCGACAUCGCUAGCAGCGGCAGCGGCAACAACGGUAGCAGCCUCAGCUACAGCUACAGCAGCAGCGGAUGCAUCACCAAACAUGCGCCCUACCCAACUGCGCUCUAUCCUGCAUCCAUCCUACCUCGAUCGAUAGACAUGUGCCGGUCCCGAAACACAGACUCCCAUUCGCGACAGUGUCCACCGAGGCGGGGACAACAGUUGCUCUCCGCCUCGGAGGCAGACCAGCGCCGCAUCUUUGGCGGCGAGAUUGGCGAAAAUAUUAGCCUUUGUUAUCCUAUGCUGAUGGUGGUCAUGGACCUCUUUGGCGACCUUGAUUAUGUGGAUCCCUGA